GUACCGGAAAAGAUUCCUUAUAGGUGCGGGCGCAAAGAUGGCAGAAGAGGAGAGCCAGUUUGAAGAAUUUGAGCAAAUAGAGUUUUUAAGAGAUCGACAUGUACGAUUUUUCCAGAGAACACUUCAGGUGUUACCAGAGAGAUACGCCUCGCUGGAAACAACCAGGUUAACUAUCAUAUUUUUUGCCCUGUCUGGUCUCGAUGUGCUGGACGCUCUGGAUGCGAUUGAUAGGAACGUCAUGAUUGAGUGGAUCUACUCGCUGCAGGUUCUGCCCACAGAGGAUCAAUCUAACCUAAGUCGUUGUGGGUUUCGAGGAUCAUCACAUAUUGGAAUUCCUUACAGCACUAAGGGUCCAGGUGUGCUCCAUCCGUAUGACAGUGGCCAUGUAGCCAUGACCUACACUGGGCUGUGCUCGCUGCUAAUACUGGGAGACGACCUGAGCCGGGUUAACAAACAGGCCUGUCUUGCUGGUCUCAGAGCACUGCAGCUGGAGGACGGCAGUUUCUACGCAGUGCCAGAAGGAAGUGAAAAUGAUAUACGGUUUAUCUACUGUGCAGCCAGUAUCUGUUACAUGCUGGAUGACUGGUCAGGCAUGGACAUCCAAAAGGCCAUUGAGUACAUUAGAGGAAGUUUGUCAUACGACAAUGGGUUUGGCCAGGGAGCUGGGCGAGAGUCACAUGGUGGCUGGACGUACUGCGCCAUAGCCUCUCUGUGUCUGAUGGGUCGACUGGAGGAGGCGCUGAGUCAGCGGGAGCUGGACAGGAUCCGCCGCUGGUGCAUCAUGAGGCAGCAGACUGGCUUCCACGGGCGCCCCAACAAACCUGUAGACACAUGCUACUCCUUUUGGGUGGGAGCUACGCUAGAGAUGUUAGAUGUGUUCCAGUAUUCGAACUUUGACAAGAACAGGAGCUUCAUCCUGUCUACGCAGGAUCGGUUGGUGGGGGGAUUCGCCAAGUGGCCAGACAGCCAUCCAGACCCUCUCCAUGCCUACUUAGGGCUGUGUGGUCUGUCUCUGAUCGGAGAGCCCAGUCUGAGGAAGGUCCACCCAGCUCUUAACAUUACCCAGAGAGCCUUUCAGCACCUCCAGCAGCUGCAGCAGACGUGGAGGGACAGCACUGGCAGCUGCAGCAGACAGCAUUGACAACAGGAUGAUCCACAGCUCUGUCUCUGAACAGGUUCAGUAAUCAGGAGCAUCUAACAGUAGUCAGUCAAAGGCAACUGGACUUUUGCUGUGUGUCUGGAAGACGGUUGGUCACUCAUCUGAGGCGCCUCAUCAUUUCAGGAAUCUGGAAGGUUUUUUUAAGACUCCAGUUACAGUUGUUGUGGAGCUCAUUUUAAGUCCAUCUAAAGUGACUUUUCUGUUAAGCAAUAUGCGCCACACUUUUUUUGCUGCCUUUUUAUUCGUAGACAGUAGUAAAUAACAAUGUGCACUGUGGUUUGUGGGAAUAAAAUGAUGUGCCAGAAAGUCAAACUUGAGUCACUGGAGACUAGAAGAAAAAUCCAGAUGCCUCAAUUUUGCAAACUUUUUUUUUUAAAUAAUGAAGUUUUGGAAGCUUCCUGCUCCUUAGCCUCAUCGUCAUAGUAAACCGCACAAUCUGCUGUAAACCUUCCUAAGGAUGAACACUACUGAUUGACUUCACAAGGACAUAAGAAACAUCGUCAAAGUAAACCUCAUUCACAAUCUGAGAGGAGACCCCGAGGAGGGCUUAGGGAUCAUCUGAAUUGUGACUUGGUGAAAUGGUUCUGGAGUAACUGGUAGCUUCAGUAUCUGAAGGUUUUUGAGUGGGCUGGUCUAAUUUUGAACUAUGAAUCAACAAGCUACUCAAAAGCUGAAUAAUGUUCCUAUAUAUUGAGAAAAUAUAACAUAAGUUCCUCAUUGUUGUUCACAAACCAAUAUUGGCCCAGUGGUAAUUUUGGGGGGAAAUUUGGAAAUUGCUGAGACAAAUUCAUGUGUUUCCUUCAGAUUAACUUUCUCAGACAAAAAACACUCCCAAGCCACUAUCCUCCAUAUACAGUAUUUUUUGCUACUCUGCCCUCCUAACAUCUCCAUCCUCACGUUGCUCUUGAACCUCUUCAAAGCCUCAAGCGCUCCGGUCCCAAAGGUGAUAGCAGCCUGGCAGGUAAACUCUCCCGUGUCUCUCCCUUCGGCCCCCUACAGUCUCACCACUGCAGGCUUUGUUCAGUGGUUUAAAUGAUAAUAAAACUACUGGGGUGAUAUUCAUGGAAAAGUCAGCUAAGAGCCAACCGCCUCCCUUAGGGGCAAAUCUAUGACAAGAAAAACAAUAAAAAACUCCUAGAAAGAAGAUUAGAAAAUUGAGUUUAGCUACAGGCCUUAUCACUUCAGAUCACUGAAAAUGUAAUUUAGUAUUCAUGUUUUUCCCGAGGCUACCAGAAAAAUAGAUUGGGCACUCUUAAGGGAAUUUGGUAAAAAGGGGAAAAUCCCUUCUUUCCUACAAGGUAGUAGCUGUCGGUUUUAGCAGCAUAUCCCAUCCCGACAUCCCCUGAACCCUGAACUAUCUGAGCUACCCUCCUUCACCAGCUUCCAUACUCCCUGCAAGGCACUAGCCAGCCUGAAAUCAAUAGGAGAAAGAUGAGACAGUGGCAUCAUAACUUGGGGAAAUCUAUUCUUUUGAACAACACUGGGAACUGACUUGUUAUUUUCAGAACAGAAAGGAAGCAGGGCAGAAAAACAAAGAACAAUGCACACAAGCAGAAUGUGCCACCGAGAGCCAAGUUACUGAAACAACGGUUAUCCAACGUGCUGGUUACUUUGAGUCCUAAAAGCCUUGACCAUCUAUCCCUGGACUCUCCAUUUCUGAUGCACCACUCACUGUCUGCACAGAUGCUCAUACAAGCAACCUCCCAGCCUUCUUGCCCUUGAGCUGAGCUACAAAUUGGAAAUUUAUAGUUUUAAAUCCUAAUAAGAUCCCAGAACAUGGUUACACGUAGGCACUGAAUUUUGUUGUUGAGGUUCCUCUUGCCUUCUCAUCACACCAAUGCUCUGGUUGCCCAGCAAGCAACAUUUCCAGCUUCACAAGUUGCUCCAGCCCCCUGCUGAAGCCACACCCUAUCAUUAUAAGACUGCUGUCACAGCAGACACCUGCUCCCUCAGAUGACGAGUGAGGAGGAGACAAUAUCGCAGCAGGUCAGAAAUACAGUGGCCUGUCUGCAACAUGUUACCUGCGGGAGUCUACUGUGUGUAGCACCGGUUCUGACUGGAUAAAAAAGUAAUAUUGCCUCUGUGGUUUUCCUUCCACCAUCUAAAAUGAAGCUGUACCUGGCCUCGUCUCCCUUCCCGCCAAGUUGCCCUCUUUUUUUCAGACUUAGAAAGGAGAGAUGAAUAAAUAAAUCAUUUGACCCAUCUAUUAUUAAAAGUGAACUGUCGGAGGCUGGAAUCUCCUCUCUGAACCCCGACCAAACCCCUGGUGUUAUAUAGCCUUGUUGAGGUGCAAAGAAUAUUGUUUUUUAGCUAUAUAUAUAUAUAUAGCUAUAGUGCUGUAUUGUUUUAUGUUACUGUUUUGCCUAAGACAGUUUUGUUACAGUUACUCUUACUGAUCUUGCCGACUUCUCUCCUGCCAUUUUUUUUUUUUUUUUUUUUUUUUUUUUACAAACAUUUUGUUAGUUCUAUUAAUAUUUUUUUAAUAAUUUCACCCUUGAGAAAGUUCAGAUAUGACUGUCAUUGCCCCAGCUGAUUUGAGCAAAACAAAAUUUAGCUUUUGAAUUAUCCAUCAUAUAAUAUUCUGGUAUCAAACCUUUUGGUUACUUGAUUAUGAAAUGUCCUAAAAGAAAACGACCAUGUCUCCCAUGCAUCCUCUGAAGUGACUUUUACUACUUAUACUCCUUCGGCUGGGUCCUGUCCUUAGUGUACGUAAGCUAAGUCACACAGCAAGACCACACACUCAAACUUGAUUCUGAAAUGUGCCUCACGUAGCAUUGUUCUGGGUCACUGCUCUCUACAUGUACAGCAUGCCUAAAUUGGGCUUAGCCUGGCUGUUUCUAUCAAGAAAGGCACUAACUAUAAGCGUUCUCUUGAGAAGAUGGAGGAAAGGUGCAUCCUAAAUCCUGGUAAACAUUCAGGAAGUGGCACACCUACUCUGUAAACUAUUUUGUUUGUAGAGGUCAUUUAUCCAAUCAGACAUGAGCUGACUGGUAGAAGUUGUUUUACCAGAAUCUCUGUCCCUUCACAUCUGAUCGAUAAUGCAUUUCCAGAUGGAGGGAAGAAUUCAUAAAUGCUUACUCGACUUUAAAUAGGAUGAAAGAUUGGAUGGAUGGAUCUGCCAUUUACUGCAGAUGGAGGCAGCAUCUUGGCAGUUGUUGUAUUGCGUCUCCUUUUUGCUACGUCAUGCUGCGGUCGCUGCUUUCAGUAUCACAGCAUGAAAAGAGGGGACCAAGGCUUUGUGCUUGUAAGACAGCUGCAGUGAAAGCUGUGUUUGAAUGAUCCAGAGAUGAGAAGGUCUUUUAAGAUGCAGCCAAAACGCCACACAUGGUAAAUUGUGAACCCUUGCUCUAUUGUCAAUUAAUAUACAUAAUGUAAUAAUAAAUAAUGUAACAAUAAAUGUAAUGGAAUUUAUUUUUUCUAUGCUUUUUUAGGGAUAUUAAGUGUAGAUAAAUAUGUAAAUGUCUAUAAGUAUGUGACUUCUAUUGUGCAAGUGCUCAAGAUGAAAAAAUGUUUACAGCGAAAUCAGUGAGACGGUUAGAGGAACUGGAUAUGCAAAUGUUGAUAUGUGAUGUAUUAUAUAGUACUUCAGCUUUGAAUAUGAGGACAGUAAUGUUGAUUCUAGCUUGGCGGUGCAUACUGUAUUUAUGGUGAAUAAAAACGUGUAUGUUUACAGUU